AUGGGCUCCUACACCUGCUUGCAGCAGAAUGGACAACAGAUUUCAGAAGUUUGGCCCCCGUUGCAAGCAGGCAGGACUACAUGUUCACACCAGCACAAAAAAGAAUCAGUGACGUUUGAAGAUAUAGUUGUAGACUUCACCAAGGAAGAGUGGGCCCUGCUGGACACGUCCCAGCGAAAGCUGUGCAGAGAUGUGAUGCUUGAAAGUAUCAAUCAUCUGAUCUUUCUGGGGAAGAAUAGCUACAAAAGACCCUUCUGGUUGGAGCAACAAGGGGAGCUGUGGACUGAAAAAACUGGAUUUCUUCAAGAGCAGAGUCCAGGCAUGAAAAGUCUCUGCAAUAAACAAGAAAUGAUAUUACCACGACAUGUCAACAAAAAGGGCAUAGCCCUGACCUCACUCAAGGCAAGUUUCAUGGAUGUAGCCCCUAGACAUCCAAAUAAAACCCUGAUGCAUGAAUCCCUUGCUCCAGAGGGUCCUAUUGAAUGUACUGAUUUGGGUGAUGUGUUUACUCAGAGAUCUACAUUGACUCAACAUUUGUUAAUUCACCUCAGGAAGAAACGUUACAUCAGCAAACAGUGUAGAAAACCACUUCGUGAACAACCAUGCAUUUCUCGACACAGCCGAGUUCACACAAGAGGCAAGUUGUAUACAUGUCAUGUGUGUGGGAAAGCCUUUAGUAAUUGCUUUAGCCUUAGGAGACAUGAGAUGGUUCACACUGGAGAGAAGCCAUUUAAAUGCCACCUGUGUGGGAAAGGCUUUGUACAAAGCUCUGAUCUUAGAAACCACAGUCAAACACACACAGGAGAGAAACCAUAUAAAUGCCAUGUGUGUGGGAAAGUGUUUUGGCAGAAUUCUUACCUGAGACAGCAUGAGAAAAUUCACACCAGAAAAAAAACAUAUGAAUGCCAUCAGUGUAAGAAGGCUUUCAGUCACAGAUCCUACCUCAGAAAACACGAGAGCAUUCAUUCUGGAGAGAAAUGUUACCAAAGUCAUGAAUGUAAGAAAACAUUUAGUCAGAGCUCUGGCCUUAGCCAGCACAAGAGAAUCCACACUGGAGAUAAACCUCAUGUGUGUCUUCUGUGUGGGAAAGCCUUCAGUCAAAGUUCUGAACUCAGAUGGCACGAGAGAACACACACAGGGGAGAAGCCAUAUGAAUGCCACCAGUGUGGGAAUGCCUUCAGUCAAUAUUCUAAUCUUAAACGACACGAGAGAACGCACACUGGAGAGCAACGUUAUGCAUGUCAGUUGUGUGGGAAAGCCUUUAGCCAUUAUUAUUCCCUUAGACGACAUGAGGGAACCCAACACCUGAGAGAAAAUCGUGAGUGCCCUCAGUGA